UCCGGCACCAUCUCAGCGGCGCCCGGGACGUCCCAGCACGCUCCUCUCGGCUGCGCCGUACCGUGCCGUGCCGUGCCGUGCCGUGCCGUGCCGUGCCGUGCCGUGUUGCGGCAGACGUGACGCGUUCUCAGCCUGCGGAGCCGAGGCACAUGGGGUUCCAGACGACCGAGAACGCUGCCGAGCCACCGCCCGGCCUGUGGCAGCAGCUCCAGACGAUGGCCCGUUCUCGUGGCGGCAUGUUCCUGCUUGGCUGGACUGGCGGCGUCCUCCUGGUCAUGGUCCUCUACGCGGCUCUGCACCCCUCCAAGGCGCAGUUCUCGUUUCCGCCACGCACGAUCAUCAAGGGCAACAGCUUAUAUGAGCGCCUUCUGGCUGCCGGGAAAAAGUCGCCCAUCAUCAUGGCUGGCGUGAAUGACGGCGUGGCGUCGUCGGGACGCGUUGAGUCUCGGGCUGGCGCCGCUAGGAGCGCUGCCAUCGACCUCACUGUUGGCCAGCUGCCCAGCCUCAGUGUGGACGAGAUUACGGUGAAAACCGGAGAAGUCUCGGUUCAGGGUGUGGACGUGCACUACGCGGUGGCACUGCCCGAGGCGCCGCCGGCGGACGGCUUGACAUUCCUGCUGCUGCACGGCUCCCGCUUCUCGUCGGCCACGUGGCAGGAGAUGAAGACGCUGCGCACGCUGGCCGCGCUCGGCUACACGGCCGUGGCCAUCGACCUGCCUGGCGCCGGCUUCUCCAAAUCGCGGUCGCGCGGCAGCCUGCCGGCCGACGCCAGCCGCGCCGGCUUCCUGGCGGCCGUGCGCAGCGCGCUGGGCCUGAGCGGGCGCACGGUGCUCGUGUCGCCCUCGCUCUCGGGCGAGUUCUCGCUGCCGCUGCUGGCCGAGCAGCCCGGCUGGCUGGCCGGCUUCGUGCCCGUGGCGCCGGUCGGCACCGAGAAGCUUUCAGCUGAGCAGCUGCGCGCCAUCCGGGUGCCGACCGCCAUCGUGUACGGCUCAGAAGACCGCGGCCUGGGCGCCGCGUCGCAGCGCGCGCUCUCGGCCAUCCCGACGUCGACGGUGGCGGUGAUCCCUGGCGGCGGGCACCCGGCGUACCUGCACGACCCGGCGCUCUGGCACCGCGUGCUGCACAACUUCGCCCAGAGCCUGGCGCAGCUGGCCGCCCAGUACUAG